AUGGCACCUCGUCGAGGAGUAAUCUCUAUGCCGCGCGAUAUUAUUGUACUAAAAUUCAAGUCAGAAGAUGAAUUACGAGAAAUGAUAAAUUAUAUGAUUGAGACUGAUUCUAUAAUAACCAAAAUUAAAAUAGAAGACUGUCAUCUAACUAAAAGGGCAUUUGAUUUGUUGGCAGAACAAUAUGGGCAUAAAAUAACAGGAUUAGCAUUUACUGGCAAUAAUUUGCACGAUUCUGACUUACAACAAAAAAUAUUUUCGCUCAUUGAGGAGAGUUUUUUUUUUCGAAAUUUAAAAAAAAUUUCAAUUCUCAAAAAUUAGAAAGCAACUAUUAAUUCAAUUUGUAAAUUUAUGGUUUAAAAUGCAAACUGUUUAAAAAUUAACAGAAUUAUCUAGAGAUUUCAUUAUACUAAUUAUCACUUAUAUAUCAAAAUAUUAUUUUUUUUUUCAUAUAAAAUUUUUAUAGUAAAACAUUUUUGCUCGCUCACUGAGUGCGUGUGGGCUUUUACCCAAAAAACAGGGAUUUUUCCAAUCGUUUUGCUUACUCAUAGAGUGAGUUAGAAAGCCUUUUUAAACUUCAGAAUUUAACAUCUUUGCAUAUUGGAGAAAGAUAUAUAAGAGAUGUCAGCAAAUAUUACAACUUUGUACAAAAUAAUAGAAUAAGAUUGCAAAUGAAUACCCUUCUGCAGAAGAAGUAA